ACAAUAACGAAGAAGAACGUCUCAUCGGAAUUACACUAUCCAUGGGCGGAAUCCACGACAAAGACUUUAAAAAAAGCGAAAUAGUAGUGAGCGAUUUUGAAAGACAGAAAGCAAGGAUGACUAGUUCCGGGCUUUACUUUUAUUUUCUGUUUGUUAGCCAAGUAGCCGUUAGCUAAACGUAAAUUCGACCACCACUUCCGCUUUGUUUUUCAGAUUUAAACCUCGAAGACUUGAUAAUAAUAGAUUUUAUUUGUAUUGCACUUUAAAUUUGAACAACAAACCUCAAAUGCAGAUUUCAAACACUAGAUUCAGAUUCAAAACAUGGAUUUAGCAGUGUUUCGAAUGUUGUCACUUUGAAACCACACGGAGGCCCGCUGUGUUUUACAGUCACUCAACUCUGGUACUGUGGGGCAGAAGAAACUUAAGUUCAGCUCGGGCUUGGUGUUGACAGGUGGAUGUGGAGGUGGAACUGGUCCGAAGGUCAAGUUACAGCCUCACCAACACGUCAGAUGAGCAGAUAAGGUUCCGCCGGGCUUUAAACGGGACAGACAUGAGCUGACAAUGACAGAAGUGCACCUGCGGAUCUGAGGGUUAGACUGGGACGCACUUGUUUAUGAUGGGGAGUCAGAGGAACGGUUUCAAGAAGGAGCGCUUCAUUUUGUCAGUGGACGUCGGUACAACAUCUGUCCGAUGUCAUGUCUAUGACAAGGAGACACAGAUCCGAGGAUCUUGCACCAGAGAGGUGAAGCCCUUGUAUCCAGAGGUGGGGCACGUGGAGAUGGACCCUCGUGAACUGUGGAAUGAGUUUGUGACUGUGGUUAAAGGAGCUGUGCAAGAUGCAGGAGUGUACAUGCAUCAGAUAAAGGCCCUUGGCAUUUCCACACAACGAGGCACCUUCACAACAUGGGACAAGAAAACUGGUGUUCCCUUUCAUAACUUCAUCACCUGGCAGGACCAGAGAGCUGCAGACCUGGUGAAGUCUUGGAACAGAUCCUGCACUAUGAAUGCAAUCCGCGGUGUAGCGAAGGUGCUGUACUUCCUGUCCAGACAGAAGAGGUUGCUCGCAGCAAGUCUUAUUGUUUUCUCUACUCAGCAUGUUAGUUUUCGCCUUGUCUGGGCCCUGACGCACUACAAACAGGUUCUUCAAGCAGUAGCUGAAGACAACUGCUGCUUUGGAACAAUAGACACCUGGCUCCUGUUCAAACUUACAAAAGGUCACGUCCAUGCCACAGAUUAUUCUAACGCCAGUUCAACAGGAAUAUUUGACUCCUAUCAGAUGUGUUGGAGUGGUGUUCUCUGCUCUCUUUUGUCUCUGCCUCUCUCUAUCUUCCCCAGAGUAGAAAAUACGGGUCAUGACUUUGGUUCCACAGACCCAUCUAUCUUCGGAAUAUCCAUUCCUAUCAUGUCAGUGAUGGCGGACCAGCAGGCAGCCAUGUUCGGAGAGUGCUGUUUUGAUGUUGGCGAUGUGAAGAUCACCAUGGGAACAGGCACCUUCAUGGACAUCAACACUGGGAGCAAACCACAUACAUCUAUAGCGGGUCUGUAUCCUGUAGUGGGGUGGAAGAUCGGCCCAGACGUGGUGUACCUUGCAGAGGGCAAUUCCGCGGACACAGGCACUGCUAUCAAAUGGGCGCAGAGUCUGGAGCUCUUCACUGACGUCCAGGAGACCAGUGCCAUGGCGUACAGCGUCAGUGACGCUGAUGGAGUUUGCUUUGUGCCUUCCUUCAGUGGCCUGCAGGCUCCAAUGAACGAUCCCAAAGCGUGUGCUUCACUCAUGGGCCUCAAACCUUCCACCACCAAAAGCCAUCUGGUGCGUGCCAUACUGGAGUCAGUCACCUUCAGAAAUAAGCAGCUGUAUGAGACGAUGCUGAGAGAAACUCGCAUUCCCAUCACAAAGAUCAGGAUGGAUGGUGGUGUCUCCUCCAAUGACUUUGUCAUGCAGCUGACUGCAGACCUACUUGGCAGGAAGGUAGUCAGACCCCAGCAUCGUGAGAUGUCAUGUUUAGGGGCUGCGUUUGUCGCCGGGCUUGGAGUCGGUUUCUGGAGGAGCCAGGAAGAACUGAAAAAGCUGCAACAUGCAGAUGAUUUGUUCAUGCCUCAAAUGGCACCCAAGGAGGGUGUUGCCAACCGGAAUCGGGAGUACAUGCCCGUCCUGCAAAGCUGGGACAGAGCUCUCCGACGUUCCAUGAAUUGGUAUAAGCCUUGACUCGAAACGGAGAUUCAGGAUUUGAAUACAUGUGAAAACAACCACAAAAAAAAACACAAUCUGUUCAGUA